GGAGAAUUGACAUGAUAAUAUAUACUGCCAUCCUAUGCCACUUGUUUCUUCUGAAGCUGCUAUUCUGGUCCUCUCUAAGUCUACAAUUACUUUGUCUGACUAUCUUGAUUGAUUACUGAUGGCAUCGCAAAUCAUCUCCAGCAUAUCAGAAAAAGCCAAAGAAACAAUGUCUUCUGGCCAAUCUGCUAAGGUCGCCGACCUCUCCAAGGUUACGAAAGAUGUUUUCGACAAGAACAACAGAAUCACAAGCGACUUCGGUGUCAAACAGACAAACACCGACGAUUGGUUGAAGGUGGCGAGUGAGGACAAGACUGGUCCCAUGCUCCUCGAAGACCCAUUCGCUCGCGAGAAGAUUCAUCGCUUUGACCAUGAACGCAUUCCAGAACGUGUCGUCCACGCACGCGGUUCUGGUGCCUUUGGAAAGUUCACUCUCUUCGAGUCCGCUGCCGAUGUCACGUCCGCGGGGGUGCUCACUGACACCUCCCGCGAGACGCCGGUUUUCUUGCGAUUCUCCACUGUCCUUGGUAGCCGUGGGUCGGCUGAUACCGUUCGCGAUGUCCGUGGAUUCGCUGUCAAGUUUUACACUGAGGAAGGAAAUUGGGAUAUUGUUGGCAACAACAUUCCUGUCUUCUUCAUCCAGGAUGCUAUGAAGUUCCCUGAUGUUAUUCAUGCUGGAAAGCCUGAGCCUCAUAAUGAAAUUCCACAAGCACAAUCUGCCCACAACAACUUCUGGGAUUUCCAGUACAUGCACACUGAGGCCACUCACAUGUUCAUGUGGGCAAUGAGUGACCGGACUAUCCCCCGAUCGUACCGUAUGAUGCAAGGAUUUGGAGUGAACACGUACACCCUCACCAACGACAAGGGCGAGAGGCAUUUCGUUAAGUUCAUCUUCACCCCUGAGCUCGGCGUGCACAGUUUUGUCUGGGACGAAGCUUUGAAGAUUGCAGGACAGGACCCUGAUUUCCAUCGCAAGGAUCUCUGGACAGCAAUUGAGAGCGGGGCCUUCCCCAAGUGGAAGUUUGGUAUUCAGGUGCUGCCCGAAUCUCGGGAGCACGACUUUGACUUUGAUAUUCUCGAUGCCACUAAGGUCUGGCCAGAGGAUGAAAUACCCAUCCGCUACAUUGGUCAACUUGAAUUGAACAGGAACCCUGACGAGUUCUUUACGCAGACCGAGCAAGUCGCUUUCUGCACUGGUCAUGUCGUCCCUGGCAUUGGCUUCUCAGAUGACCCAUUGCUGCAGGGCAGGAACUUCUCGUACUCUGAUACUCAGCUGUCUCGUCUCGGUAUCAAUUGGCAAGAACUCCCUAUCAAUAAGCCAGUCUGCCCGGUUAUGAACUUUAACCGUGACGGCGCAAUGCGUCACACCAUCACUAAGGGAACCGUCAAUUACUGGCCUAACCGCUACGAGACCCAACCUCCCGCAACCAAAGAAGAGGGCGGGUACCUCGACUACCCAGAGAAGAUCGCCGGUAUCAAGGCCCGUAUGCGAAGCAAGAAGUUCAGGGAGCACUACAACCAGGCAGAGCUUUUCUACAACUCAUUAUCAUCACAUGAGCAGUCCCACGUUCUCAACGCUCUUGGCUUUGAACUCGACCACUGCGAUGACCCUCUUGUAUACACGCGCUUGACCGAGCGUCUCUCCUUCAUCGACCUCAAGCUUGCACAAGACGUAGCGGAGAUGGUCGGCGGUGACAUCCCACAAGAACAGAAGCGUCCGAAGCACAACAAGAAGGCGAAGGGCUUAUCACAAACCGAGUUCCCUCCCUUCGAACCUACUAUCGCCACGCGCCAGAUUGCCAUCAUCAUUGCCGAUGGCUACGAUGCCGUUGCAUACAACGCUAUCAAGGCUGCUCUCUCUGCCGCGGGUGCCCUCCCAUUCACCAUCGCCCCUCGGAGGAACAAGAUCUACGCCGAAGGCAAGGACAAGAGUACGGGCAAGGGCGUCGUUCCCGACCACCAUCUUGAAGGCAUGCGAUCCACCCUAUUCGACAGUGUCAUCGUACCCGGUGGCGCCAAGUCCGUAGAGACACUGCGAAAGAACGGCCGCGCCGUGCACUGGAUCCGCGAGGCGUUCGGCCACUUGAAGGCCAUCGGUGCUGUCGGCGACGCCGUCCAGUUCGUCCGCGACGCCGUCGACCUGCCCGGCAUGGCGUUUUCGGAGUCUGCCGACGUCGUUGACUCCUACGGCGUUGUCACUGCCUCGCAAGUGCAUCCCCAGAGCUUCAAGGAGACGCUCCAGAUCGCAAAGGGGGCGAAGGAGUUCAUGGACGCGUAUGCGUUUGCCAUCUCGCAGCACAAGAACUAUGAGAGGGAGGAGAAGGGCUUCUCGACUAUGGUCGCAUACUGAGACUGGAUUUCUCACCUUUUAAUCACGUAAUGAUGACGACCCUUUUCGUUUCUUCUUCUAUAGUUCCAAAUAGUUAGGUAGUAUAUUUAUGACCUCAAGUUCCAUGCAAAGUUAAUGUCAAGAAAAU